GACUUGCAAGCGAGGAAGGGCGGAUGCACGCCGCGGACAUGCGCCAUGCGGAGCGAGACGGCGGCUCGGCGGGGUCAUUCCGGCGCAGGCGCAGUGCGGUGUUUGUCUGCCGGGCUGACGGGCAGCCGGGCGGUGCGCGGUGGCGGCGGGGAAGAUGGCGGCGUCCUCCCUGGAGCAGAAGCUGUCCCGCCUGGAAGCAAAGCUGAAGCAGGAGAACCGCGAGGCGCGGCGGAGGAUCGACCUCAACCUGGAUAUCAGCCCCCAGCGGCCCAAGCCCAUUAUUGUGAUCACUCUAAGCCCUGCUCCUGCCCCGUCCCAACGAGCAGCUCUGCAGCUCCCGCUGGCCAACGAUGGGGGUAGCCGCUCACCGUCCUCGGAGAGCUCCCCCCAGCACCCCACACCUGCCCGUCCCCGCCACAUGCUGGGGCUCCCGGCAACACUGUUCACACCCCGCAGCAUGGAGAGCAUCGAGAUUGACCAGAAGCUGCAAGAGAUCAUGAAGCAGACAGGCUACCUGACCAUCGGGGGCCAGCGCUACCAGGCAGAAAUCAAUGAUCUGGAGAACUUGGGUGAAAUGGGCAGUGGCACAUGUGGCCAGGUGUGGAAGAUGCGCUUCCGGAAGACAGGCCAUAUCAUAGCAGUCAAGCAAAUGCGGCGCUCAGGGAACAAGGAGGAGAACAAGCGAAUCCUCAUGGACCUAGAUGUGGUGCUCAAGAGCCACGACUGCCCCUACAUCGUGCAGUGCUUUGGGACCUUCAUCACCAAUACUGAUGUCUUCAUCGCCAUGGAGCUCAUGGGCACAUGUGCUGAGAAGCUUAAGAAGCGGAUGCAAGGCCCCAUCCCCGAGCGGAUCCUGGGCAAGAUGACUGUGGCGAUCGUGAAGGCGCUGUACUACCUGAAGGAGAAGCAUGGUGUCAUUCAUCGUGAUGUUAAACCCUCCAAUAUCCUGCUGGAUGAGCGGGGCCAGAUCAAGCUCUGCGACUUUGGCAUCAGCGGGCGCCUGGUGGACUCCAAGGCCAAGACUCGGAGUGCAGGCUGCGCUGCCUACAUGGCGCCUGAGCGCAUUGACCCCCCAGACCCUACCAAGCCAGACUAUGAUAUCCGGGCUGACGUGUGGAGCCUGGGCAUCUCACUGGUGGAGCUAGCGACGGGACAGUUUCCCUACAAGAACUGCAAGACGGACUUUGAGGUCCUUACCAAAGUCCUUCAGGAAGAGCCCCCACUCCUGCCCGGUCACAUGGACUUCUCAGGGGACUUCCAGUCCUUUGUCAAAGACUGCCUUACUAAAGAUCACAGGAAGAGACCAAAGUAUAAUAAGCUACUUGAACAUAGCUUCAUCAGGCGCUAUGAGACACUUGCAGUAGACGUGGCAUCCUGGUUCAAGGAUGUCAUGGCGAAGACCGAGUCACCGCGGACUAGCGGAGUCCUGAGCCAACACCACCUGCCCUUCUUCAGGUAGCUGUGUGGUGGCGGCCAGCCCCACAGGGGCCAGGGGCAUGGCCACAGGCCCCCCUUCCCACCCGGCCACCCAGCUGCUUGCCAGGAAAGACCUGGGACCUGGACGGCUGCUGAAGGCUGAGGACAGAAAAUAGGGGGCACCCACCUACCCCUGACUCCCUGCCCACCAGCCAUGGACAGAUGGGCCCACCAGGCCCCAGCCCUUCCCACCCUGGGGUCAGCCAGCUGUGCGCGUCCCCCCGACAGACACUGUGAACGGACGACAGCAAGCCACAAGCAGACUCGCUAUUUAUUCAGCCGUAACCUCUGGGCUGGGGCAUCCCCCAGGGGCCAGGAGAGAGCCUCCCAGUCCCUAGCCCUGAUCCUAGCCUGCUGUCCUCACCACUCCCCAUGCACCUAUUUCUUCUGUCACCCCUACCUCUGUCCUUGUCACCUUCCCUGCCUUUGCCAUCCUCCUGGCAUGAGGCUACGCUCAACCACCCCCUGGUGGGACCCCUGGGUCUGCUUAAUGUCUCCAUGGGGCAAUGAGUCAUGGCCUCCAGAAUGGCGCUGUGGCACUGGGACUACAGCUGGUGGGGCUGGUCUCUCUCUCUCCCUCUCUUUUUGAUCUCAGGGGGUCUUUUCUGGAGUUUAUUGUAUUUUAUUGUACUGGGGGGGGUGGCUGAGGAGAGCUUGUUCUCAUGGGGUUUGUUGGUACCUUCAGAAACUUUUACCAAAGUCAUGUUUAGCUGCUUGUGAAGGGGCCCCCACAACCGUCCAUGGGCACUGGGGGCUGGGCUGGGCACUGCGGCUGCAGGGCCUCAGGUGCCAGCCCUAGGGGGGAGACUGACCCCAGCUUGGGGCAAGUUGAAGACCUCAGGGCAUGUGGAGGAGGUCCAAGGAGCCAUUGCCACACACAGGGUGGCCUUCAGGGAAGGUGGGCAUGAGGUGUGGUGGGAGCGGGAGGCCAGAAGGAAUUGAGGACAGGAAGGAGUUGGAUUGAGAACUGAAGGAAUGGAUGUGAGGGUUCAGGAACGUGUGACAGGCUCCAAUAGGGGUGGGGGAUACCAGGCUGAGAGUGGGAGCAAAAGGUGGUCACCCCCAUGGUGCCACUGUGCCUAGCUGCAGCUGGCCAGGUGUCUACCCAGGUCACCUGCUGCUGCAGCAGCAGCUGGAGCAGGAGGGGACGUGUUUCAUGUUUGUUGGUGGUGCAUGCAAAUCAAGUGGAUGAGAAAAACAAAAUUGCAAAACAAAAAAAGAAAAAAUAUAACCAUAAAACCACAAACAAAACCCAACCAACACCAAAGGUGAGGAGCCUGGCUGGAGCAGCUGAAGCAGCAUAGGCUUAGGGUCGCCAUAUCUUCUCAUCUGUUGCAUUGGCUCUUACCGCAUGUUUAAAAAGUAAUAGAAGUCAUCUUCUCUCUGCCCCCGGGGGGGUGGGGAGGGCUACCUGCUCUUGCCUUUGGUCCCCUUUAUUGAGGGGACAAGGCGGGGGGGGGUGACAGGCCUGGCCCCCAUGCUUUCUCCUGAGGGCCAGCCAUGUGGGCCUCUGCAGGUAGCCAGAGGUCACUUGGCUCAUCCCAGGGCCAGUAUAGGCCUGAGGCUGGCUACUUGGUUUUACUUUUAUUUAACUUGGUUUUCCGUUUUGUGAAUGUGUCUGCCCGCCCCCAACCCCUUCAGUGUUACAUGGGAGCCCUGGGGGAGCCUCUCAUACCUCCCCACCUCACCCCAGAUCUCCCCUUUGUCACCAGCCAUCCCUCUGAAGCAGGCAGAGGGCAGACCUGGGCGGGCAAGAGCCUGGGAUUUGGCCUAGCCCAGCCCUCUGGGCUGGACCCCUUCUCAGGCUGCUAGUAUUGCCCUGUCCCUUUUUAAAACAAAAUGCCCUUGUUUGUAAAUCCUUAGAUGCUUGAGAAUAAAUCCCUCCCUUUUCUUCCACGGAGUCUG